CUUCAAUCUACCGUUCGAGGCAUCCAUCGAAUCACGAUCGAAGUUGGUCUUUAUGCGAGAGCCGGUACGUGAUGCCAAUUUGACGUUUAUUCAACCAGGAGACGUCUACUCUCUCGACCCUACAACCAGUGAUAGGCAACACGUCUUGUACGAGAUUCUUGCUAACUCACCAUUCAGCCAGUCCUUAUUGGCAACGCAAAUAGACUUGUGUUUUAAUUUUUGUGCGCUGCAUCGAUUAGUACAGGAACCAGCACACCAGUGGGUAAAAGAACUAUGGCUACUCCGGUUGUUGGCCGACGACCGUGCUGGAGAUGACGAUGGCGAUUAUGAGGAGAUCAAUGAACAAUGGGACGCUAAAUCAAAUGCAGUAAGGUUUCAAUACCUUAAAUCGCAGAGGGGGUGGAUUUGAGAGGGGUGUACAACCAAACGACUGAAGUGUAAAUACUAUAUACAGUUACAAUAUUAUAUCUAAUAACGGUUUUGUAAUCAUUGUUUCAAAUAAAUUUUGAUGUAGUUAUUUAUAACCCUCUUAGUUAAUAUUACAUAAUUAUUCCUAAGGCGUUAAACCCAAUAGACUUAUGCUGAUGAGCUGUUUACAUAAACUACCGCUGACAGUGGGUUUUAGAACUAUUGGGAGUGUGACCUGCACAGAGAGGUUACUUCAUUCUUGGAAAAGUUAUUCACCAUGGACAACUUAUGCGACAGUGUGUGUCAAUGUUCUAAUACUAUGGAUUAUGUGGAUUGUGUGGAGUUGAGGAUUUGCAGCGAUGUCCCGCCUGUCAUAAGACAGAGUAUCACAUCGGGAAACUGCGUGCUUGGAUUUUGGGGGGUGCUACUACAGAGACUGGGGUUGUUUAUCAAGGUGAUAGCCAGCAGGAAGCGACA